UGCAUGACAACAGCUCGAGCCUCGCAUCACAACUCGAAAGCUUCCCUUUCUAACCACAUUCCCAACAUCCAGCAACUUUGUCACUUUCAACCUCCCGGCCGUCACUAUCCCUCCCCAGCCAAACGCAUCUUUUCUAUUCGGGUCUACUGCUCCAUAGAUCUAUCCUGCUGCCGCCGACGCUCUCCAUCACUUUCUUCCGCCCUCGCUCUCUCUCGUCUUUUCAUCCGCCUCGCCACACCGUCAUCAUGUCGAGCCUCGAAGAUCUCGACGACCUUAACAACAAUAACAACAACCGAGACCAGGAUGACAAGAAGAAAGAUGAAGGUGACAAGGGAAAGGAUAGCAAGACGGCCGCCAACGACGCCGACGAAGGCGAUGCCGAGAUGAAGGAUGCCGAACCGCAGCCCGACGACAUCCUCGACGAGGAAAUCCUCAGCCUCGCCACUCAGGAUAUCCAAACACGCAAGCGCCUGCUAGAGAAUGAUUCGCGCAUUAUGAGAAGCGAACUACAGCAUCUCUCGCACGAGAAGGCUGCCAUGGGUGAAAAGAUCAAGGACAAUAAAGAUAAGAUUGCCAAUAACCGGCAACUCCCGUACCUUGUUGGUAACGUGGUUGAGCUUCUGGAUCUGGACCCGACCGCAGAAUCGUCCGAGGAGGGCGCCAAUAUUGACCUGGAUGCUACCCGGGUAGGCAAGUCGGCAGUCAUCAAAACUUCCACACGGCAAACCAUCUUCCUUCCUUUGAUCGGCCUCGUGGAUCCGGCCAACUUGAAGCCUGGGGACUUGAUUGGCGUUAAUAAGGAUUCGUACCUUAUUCUUGACACUCUCCCCGCUGAAUACGACAGCCGAGUCAAGGCUAUGGAAGUGGACGAGAAGCCCACGGAAAAAUACACCGAUGUGGGUGGUCUGGAUAAGCAGAUUGAAGAACUUGUGGAGGCUAUUGUUUGGCCCAUGAAGGAGGCCGAGCGGUUUAAGAAGAUUGGCAUCAAGGCGCCCAAGGGCGCUCUGAUGUAUGGACCUCCCGGUACUGGCAAGACACUACUGGCGCGAGCUUGUGCGGCCCAGACCGAUGCCACGUUCCUGAAACUUGCGGGUCCUCAACUCGUGCAAAUGUUCAUCGGCGACGGCGCCAAGCUGGUCCGGGACUGUUUCGCGCUGGCCAAGGAGAAGGCGCCGGCGAUCAUCUUCAUCGACGAGCUUGACGCGGUCGGCACGAAGCGGUUCGACAGCGAGAAGAGCGGUGACCGCGAAGUACAACGCACCAUGCUGGAGCUCCUCAACCAGCUGGACGGCUUCGCGUCGGAUGACCGCAUCAAGGUGCUGGCGGCCACCAAUCGCGUGGACGUGCUCGACCCCGCCCUCCUCCGGUCCGGCCGCCUCGACCGCAAGAUCGAGUUCCCGUUGCCCAACGAGGAGGCGCGGGCCCAGAUCCUCAAGAUCCACUCCCGGAAGAUGCGCGUCGACGCGGGCGUCAACUGGGGCGAGCUGGCCCGGAGUACCGACGAGUUUGGCGGUGCCAUGCUCAAGGCGGUCUGCGUGGAGGCCGGCAUGAUCGCGCUACGGGGCGGCAAGGAGAAGAUUGGCCACGAACACUAUGUCGAUGCCAUUGCCGAAGUGCAGGCCAAGAAGAAAGACACCGUCAAUUUCUACGCUUAACCCAGUACGAAUGCUCCCCAUGGGGGGGGGAAGGGGGGGGGGGGGUUUGGAAGGGCGACAGGGGAAACCAAACAGGUUUUCAGUCCGGAUUUUUGUUUCUGGGGUUUCGGAAUCGGACUGCAUAGAGAACCCGUCGGCAAAUAGACCACACAUGUACAAUUACAAUGAACCCGCUCGAGCUACGCUCCCGAGAUGACGAGGAACGUGAAUGCGAAGAGGAGGGGAGUGAAAUCAUCACUUGGACUUUGUUGCCGCUAUGGCUUCCCACUCAGGCCCCUCGAUUCCCUGGCGCUGAUGUUUUUGUGAUGAGUUGAUAUGACACUAGAAAAUAUAUGUGCGUCUGAUUGAGAGCAGUCGAUGGGAUGU